GUGGCCAUUAUCAUCUCUCUUUCCUGCACACUCAGGGGCGCACGGAGAGAGAGAGAGAGAGAGAGAGAGAGAGAGAGAGAGAGAGAGGAUGGCGAUGGCAAUGUUCGCAGCUCCGCCGUGUCACCGCCACUGCUUCAACCGCGGAGCUUCGCGAUCGGAUUUGUGGGUGCCGUCGAAUCGCAUCCGUCGUGCUCCUACACAGCUCGACCUCUCCGCCUCUUCUGCUUCGGCUUCUUCUUCCGUCGUGGAAGACGGCCUCCCUCCUCCUCCCCCGCCGCCGCCGCCGCCUGACUCCGCUCCUCUCCAGCCGGACUCCACCGUUGAAGGCGGCGACGUCUCUCCUCUGAGGGGUUGCAAGGCCUGCGGGAGAGAGGAACUGGAGAGGGGAUGCAAUGGAGAGGGGAGGAUACAAGGUGGCAUUGCGACGGUCCCAGGCUUUGGUUGGUGGCCAAUAAAGGCUUACAGGCCUUGUCCUGGAUUUGUAGCAUCUGGUGGACGAUAUCGCCGGCGUGGGCAAAGCAUGGAUGAGGUUGCUUUUGGAAGAGGCGGUUCUGCAACUGGUGAUGAAUCAGAGUCAAGGAAUUACUGGAAUUCUAUUGCAUAUUUUUUAGUUCUUGAAGCAUCAACAUGUUUCGAACUGGGUAAGCUACCGAUGAAUUCUACAGCAAGAAAGGGCGAGAUCGGAGGAAAGUCAAGAGGUAAUAUCACCUCUCCCAUCAUGAUGGCCAUACAAGUUCACGAUCCUACUAGUCUCCUGGGAUGCCCGAAAAGCUGGAAGAGAAGAAACUGAAGGGAUGAACGAAUAUCGCCUGUCCUUGUCUUAGCUACGUCGGUUUCUGAUGCUUGGACUGCAGGGUUUGGUGAUGAUCACUGUAUCUUUCUUGUUUACUACUUUCUUUUGGUUUGCACUUAACAUCAACAAAUAUACACAUUAUCUUUGAGUCUUGAAUUUCUAUGCUUUUAACUGCUCUGCUACCGGCAAACAAAAAAGUAACAGCUCUGCAAGACAGCAAAUAAUGUUGUACCUAAUUCCUUGGAUGGUUUAUCAAUAUUAGAGGAAAAGAAACUACAUGGUUGAAUUUGAA